AUGUCGUCCGGCUCAUCCAAGCCCCGUUCCAAGGCCAAGGCCAAAGCGCUGAAAGCCGGGCGGCCGCCGUUCCUCUCAACCACGACAUCCAAGCCAGCCACGGCAUUCAACCCAGAGAGACGGUCCUUGUCGGCCAAGCGCACCCGUUCCUUGAUCCGGACACACCACGUCCUGCAGAAACGGCUUGCGCAGGCCCGCGCCGAGAAGGACGCGGAGCAGGUCCGCGAGCUGGAAGCGCAACUGGCCGCGUCCGGUGGUCUGGAGACGUAUCAGCUGGCCAGCACGGUCGGCCAGAGCGCCGAACGGGGCGGAGAUUCGAGUCGCGUGCUGGUCGACUGGCUAAGGGAAGAGCUUGAAGCACGCAAGCCGAAGAGAUUCAGGGGUCACUCUUUUGCUUUUUCUGCAUCGUCGUCGUCGUCGUCGAAUCCAUCACCUGCCAAUGACGAACAUGGCUCGUCGUCAACAUCAGUACAGGUCGGCGGUCGGGGGCCACCAUCUCCACGACCGCUCCGAAUCCUGGAGGUCGGAGCCCUCAGCACGACAAACGCACUGAACAUACCGCUAGUGACGAGUGUGCGACGGAUCGAUCUGCGCUCGUCGGGCCCAGGGAUCGAGGAGGCCGACUUCAUGACUCUGCCGCUGCCUGACUCGCCGGACGGGAAGGGCGAGUGGCACGGCGAGCGGGGCUACGAUGUGAUCAGCCUGAGCCUGGUGCUGAAUUACGUGCCCGAUGCCCCUGGCAGGGGGGAGAUGUUGCGCAGGACGACCAUGUUCUUCUCGCGACACCACGAGAAUCGCGACGAUCUUGAGGACGGUGACGCUGACCGGGACGAGGAUAUGCAGACCGAAUACGAGACCCCGGAACAAACCGAGGACGACGGUACCCGGGCUACUAUCACUACUAUCAAACACCCAAGAGUUCGGGCCCAUGAUGGCCGCAACGGACCACGCCCACCAGGCCUGCUCCCAUGUCUCUUCCUCGUGCUGCCGGCCCCGACGCUCCAUAACUCCCGCUACCUCACGCCCGACCAUCUCACCGCCAUCCUGUCGUCGUUGGGCUACAUCAAUCUCCAGGCCAAAACCACGCGCAAGCUGCACUAUAGUCUGUGGCGGUACGACCCCAGGCGGAGGAAAGAGUGGGUGGGUCAGGGAGGCAAGACCGUCUUCCACAAAAAGGAGAUCAAUCCGGGUAGUGGGCGGAACAACUUUUGCAUAGUGCUCGAUGACCGUGAGAAGGAAUAA